CUCACUCACGUUUCUCUCUCUAUACAACUUUCCCUCUCUAGCUCUCCCCUCUCUUUACCUCUCGACCUUUCUGUUAGCCCUCCCGGUGACUGUUUCCGACGGUUUCACGGCGAUUCUCGGUGGCACCUCUUGUGGAGGUUCUUUGGCGUGGUGUUUCACCUCUGGUUGUUGAUCGUAGCCGCAAAGGGCUCGUUCGACUUGUAGGCGUUUGUAAUUUUGCUUGUUUCGCCUUGUAUGUGAUUGUGGGGGUUGAUUUGUGCUUGAGUUGCGUGUUUCGGGCCGGUUUAAAGUGUGUAGUCGCUAGUAGGUGCAUUUUGUGUGUCGAUUUACUGUUAUGAGUGGUUAGGGGCUGAGCCUGAGCCUAACCAAAACUAGUAUAAGAUUUAUGUUUUCACUCGGUUUUCGUUAAUAAAAUUCUCGAUCUAUUCCGCAUUUGACAUAACAUAAACAAACACAGAAAGAUUCAUUAAUGGCUACUGAUUUCUCAUCCUGGAUCAUCCUUUUCUCAACUUUCAUAAUUCUUGCAACUAUUCGGAAUUUAAUCAUCGGAUCCAAACGCCGCCGGAGUUCGGCCAUUCUUCCGCCGGGGCCAAGAAAAUUGCCGGUAAUCGGUAACUUGCACAACCUUAUCCGUUUCAGGCCACCCCACCAGGUUUUGGCCGACUUGGCCGCAGAAUAUGGGCCAAUGAUGCACUUGCAAUUGGGUCAAAUCAGCACAGUCGUUGUAUCUUCACCCCAUGUGGCGAAAGAAUUCUUGAAAACGCACGACAUUACCUUCGCGAAUAGGCCGUUGUUCUUUGCGACAAAUAUAUCAUGUUAUGGCCAUUCGGACAUAGCAUUCGCUCCGUAUGGCGAAUAUUGGAGACAGUUGCGAAAAAUUUGCACAAUAGAGCUGCUAAGCUCUAGACAAGUCCAAUCUUUCCGUCCCUUGAGGGAAGAAGAGUUUUCUAAUCUUUGCGAAUGGAUAGCUUCGAAAGAAAGGUCUACAAUCAACUUGACCGAGAAAAUUUCCUUGACGACUUGCGACACGGUUAUGCGAGCAUGCCUCGGAAAUAAGACCGAAGAAAAUACCAAAUUCGUAUCCUUUGUCAGGGAAGCUGUUGAUUUAGCAGCCGGAUUUUAUCUAGUCGACGUGUAUCCGUCCGUUGCUUGGUUUGGAACAAUCAACGGAUUUAAAGGCCGGGUCGAGAAGGUGCACGGACAAGCGGAUAAAAUCCUCGGGAAAAUCCUUGACGAUCACAAAGUAGCCGGCUCGCGAAACAAAGAGCGCCAAGACUUAGCCGAUGUUCUCCUCAAGUUCCACAAGGACAGAGGACAUGAGCUUCAAUUAACCGAUGACAACAUAAAAGCUGUGCUUCAGGACAUGUUUGAUGCUGGAAUCGAAACAUCAUCGACAACUACAGGGUGGGCUAUGGCGGAAUUGAUUAAACAUCCAAGAGUUCUUAAGAAGGCACAAGAUGAGGUGAGGCAGGUUUUCCGCGACAAGGGAUUUGUCGAAGAGAACGAAUUUGAUGAGCUAAAGUACCUAAAGUUAGUGAUCAAAGAGACACUCAGGAUGCAUCCUCCGCUGCCGCUACUGCUGCCGAGAGAAAGCUACGAGGCCUGUGAGAUUAAUGGAUACAAACUACCUGCGAAAACUCGGGUUAUGGUGAAUGCUUGGGCCAUUGGAAGAGAUCCUAAGAUCUGGAAAGAUGCCGACAGCUUUAUACCGGAGAGAUUUCUCGAUAACAUAUCAGUCGAUUAUACCGGAAAGAAUUUUAAUUACAUCCCUUUUGGUUCUGGGAGAAGGAUUUGCCCUGGAAUGUCUUUCGGCCUGGCCAACAUCGAACUUCCAUUGGCGAUGUUUCUCUAUCACUUUGAUUGGGUUUUGCCCGAUGGAAUGAAGCCUGAAGAUUUGGACAUGGCUGAAACCUUUGGCAUUACAGCAAGAAGGAAAGAUCCACUUUAUGUAAUUCCCAUAUUGAAAAACCCUUUGCCUCUCAAAUAAAGUCGAGGUUCAAUCUAUCGACCCUUUCCAUGUUCAAGACAUUAAAAAUUAAUCAUGAUAGAUUUAUGUACUAUUUGAAAUGAAUUAAGAAGUUUUUAAUUUCUGUUUCGUUUUCUAUGAUUUGGUUGUGUAAUUAAUUGUAUGUUUCAUUUAU